AUGCGGCAAGAAGUUUUGUUGAAAAGUGAGCCAGGGGAUCAGUAUGCAAAGGAGGUGAUCGUUGGCGUGGAUAGGUUUUGGGAGAGUUCAUCAACUCAUCCAUUUUGGACUGAAUAUUCAUUCAGUUCUCAGNUAAUUCUACUGGGUCGAGGUCGUGCCGGUAAGACAUCAUUGAUCAAUGCGUUUGCGAAUUAUUUGUACAAUGUGACUGAAGAAGAUGAAUUCCGCUACACACUUCUGCCGGACAAGAUGAUUACAGCGAGAAAAUCUGCGCGUUCACCAAAAUGUCUAAAGGCAUGCAGAGCUUAUGAACGAACCAAACAAUUGACAUGUUAUGUGUUCAACAACACAGUUCUGAGUUAUCCGAUCGCUUUCGUUGAUACUCCACCUAUUGACAGUGAUACAGGUGGUUCAUAUUCGACAGACUGGUCACAGUAUGAUACAUUCGAACAAAUCAGACGUUGGUUCCGUGAGGGAUACUAUUGCCCUAUUGAAGACCUCGAAGUGAAUUUACAAAUAAAAUAUUCACAAGAAAAGCAGCGAUUUCGAAGAGGUACAUUUCAACAAGCGAUCAAUCUUGAGGUUUGGUUAGUGAUACCGUCAUUCGACUCACACAUGCGCAAAAUCAUUUGGCAUACUGUAAAUACAGUCAUGCGUGAAAUCGAAUGUCCCGUAGUACGCCUGGUGCCUAUCGUAAGUUUUGCUAAAAACACAGAACCGAGUCGCGCUCUGAAAUCACUUGCACAAGUUGGAUAUGAUGGCUUGAUUGAAGGCGAAAAUUUCUAUAGUUUCAAUUCGUCCGCAAUUCUGAGCGCAACCGAUGGAAUGGUUGACAAAGACGCACUCAGUUUCGCUGAAAAUUACGCUCACAUGAAACUGAUUUUGAAUAAUUUGCAGAAAAAAUUUCAAUGGAUGACUCUACACGAUGGCUCGGCGAUUACAACUGUCAUGCAAGUUUAUCUGAACAGAGAGGGCGGUGAUAAAACGCGUCUGUAUGGAACUGACAGUUUCCGAUCGGGACAAUACGAACCUGAUAUUAGUGCGGAUAGUGGCAGGGACGUAAAUUAUACCGUCUCACUUAAAGCAACACCAAUGGCUUCGAAAGUACACCUUCAACAGCAUUCCUAUUCCACUACAUCGCACAUUUCGUCCCAAAUCUCGAAAUCACAACAACAAAGGGCAACUGUAAAUGAGUUUGAUCAAAAUCAGGAGUCAUCAACAUAUGAUCGCUCGUCAACGCAAAGUAGCUCAACAGUGUGCGAUUACUCUGAAAAUGAUACUGCUGAUCAGAAACAAAUAAAGUGCUCAAGACGCGAAACAGGUAGAGAAUAUGAGAUCAUUCGGAUACGACGACGAAAGGUCAAGGAUGAAAGUACUCAAACGACAAUAGCGAUAAGCCCUCAUUCGUUUAUCGCAUCGCAACCAGAAUAUCUCGCCUCAGAUCUGGAAUUUCAACCGACACCUACCGAUACGUCUUCAAAUGGAACGAACAAAAGACCUAAUUUGGAAUCAUUUACAGCAGAAAACCUUGUGCGAGGAACACUAGUUUAA